AUGCGGAGCGCCCUGGCCGCCGCUCGCCUCAUGGCUGCCGCCGUCAGCAGCGGCAGCGCGGCCGGGCCCGGCCCCCAGCGGCCUCGGCCCGGGGCCGUGCCGCUGAUCGGCACUCACGAUGGCACCUUCCACUGCGACGAGGUGCUGGCGUGCUUCCUGCUGCGCCAGCUGCCCCGCUACCGGCCUCAACCCCUAGCACCACAGGACGCGGAGGUGGUUCGCACCCGGGACCCCGAAAUCCUGGCCCAGUGCGACGUGGUGGUGGACGUGGGGGGCGAGUACGACCCCGAGCGGCAGCGCUACGACCACCACCAGAGGUCCUUCUCGGAGUCCAUGAGCAGCCUGCGGCCUGGCAAGCCCUGGGGCACGAAGCUGAGCAGUGCUGGGUUGGUUUAUUGCCACCUGGGGGGCCAGGUGCUGGCAGAGCUCCUGGGGGAGCCAGAGGACAGCCCCACGGUGACAGAGCUCUAUGACCAGCUGUAUGAGAGCUUUGUGCAGGAGAUUGAUGCCAUUGACAAUGGAGUGGCCCUGGGGGAGGGGCAGCCCUGCCGUGCCCUCACCACCACCCUGAGUGCCAGGGUUGGACGUCUGAACCCCCUCUGGAACGACCCCCAGCCCGACCCCGAGGGCUGCUUCCAGCAGGCCACAGCGCUGGUGGGGGGCGAGUUCCUGGCCCUGCUGGGCUACCUGCGGCAGGCCUGGCUGCCGGCCCGCGGCCUGCUGGAGGAGGCCAUCGCCAACCGCUUCCAGGUGGAUGGCAGUGGGGUGGUGCUGGAGCUGCCCCAGGGGGGGUGCCCCUGGCAGCAGCAUCUCUUCAGGCUGGAGCAGGAGCUGGCACUGCCCAGGCCGCUGCUGCUGCUGCUCUACCCCGACCAGGCCGGGCAGUGGCGGCUGCAGAGCGUGCCCAGGGAGCCCGGGGGCUUCCAGAGCAGGCUGCCCCUGCCCGAGCCCUGGCGCGGGCUGCGGGGCCAGGCCCUGGCGCGGCGAGCAGGGAUCCCAGGCUGCGUCUUCGUCCACGCCAGCGGCUUCACCGGGGGGCACCAGAGCCGGGAGGGGGCCCUGCAGAUGGCCAGGAGGACUCUGGAGCUCCAGGAGGGGGCAAAGAGUGGCUGA